UUGGCACCAUGUCGACAUGAAGUUCAAGGUGACAUGGAGGUCAAGGUCAAAAAGCACAUUGACAAGAUGUCUGCUUCCAGUGCACAGUCGACACCACAGGCUAAAAUCCCGAAAGGGAUAAAGUUCUUGUUUGGGGGCUCCGCAGGGAUGGGAGCCACAAUUUUCGUCCAGCCCCUGGACUUAGUCAAGAACCGCAUGCAGCUUAGUGGUGAGGGCGGCAAGGCGAGAGAACAUAAGACAAGUUUUCACGCUUUACGCCACAUCCUGAAGACUGAAGGCAUCACAGGGAUCUACACGGGACUGUCGGCCGGUCUUCUACGUCAGGCAACCUACACCACAACGAGGCUGGGAAUCUACACGACACUGUUCGAGAUGGUGUCGAAAGAUGGCAAGCCUCCCAACUUUUUGACAAAGGCUGCUAUAGGAAUCACUGCAGGUGCCAUUGGAGCUUUUGUAGGAACGCCAGCCGAAGUAGCUCUCAUCAGGAUGACAGCAGAUGGAAGGCUACCAGUUGAUCAGCAGAGGGGUUACAAGAAUGUGUUCAAUGCCCUGUCCAGGAUCGUCACAGAAGAGGGCGUGGUCACGCUAUGGAGGGGUUGUUUACCGACAGUCGGACGUGCCAUGGUUGUGAAUGCUGCUCAGUUAUCUUCCUACUCUCAGGCUAAACAGGGUCUCAUAUCUACAGGUUACUUUGGUGACAACUUAUUCCUUCAUUUCUGUGCCAGUAUGAUCAGUGGAUUGGUAACGACAGCUGCUUCGAUGCCAGUAGACAUUGCAAAAACUAGGAUACAGAACAUGAAAAUGAUAGAUGGCAAGCCAGAGUACAAGGGUGGACUGGAUGUGCUGGCAAAUGUGAUCCGGAAGGAAGGAUUCUUCAGCUUGUGGAAGGGCUUCACGCCGUACUACGCCCGUCUCGGCCCCCAUACAGUCCUCACGUUUAUAUUCUUAGAACAGAUGAACAAGGCUUACGGCAAAUAUGUUCUAGGAGACUCGCGUGCUUCUGGAGGAUUAUAGGAGUGUGUGUGUUAUAGACCCUUAUAUAUCACCUACUACCUAUAUUGUUAGCAUGGUUACGUACAUGUGAUAGCGUUGUAGGAGCUCAGUUUACAUUUGUUAACAAUUACUUAAGAAAAGUAACAGUGUGUUCAGUGAAAUAUUUUUUUGUGGAAAAUUUUUCGGGAUGGAUGGGUAUGUAACUGAUAUUUCAAGAUAUGUUUUGGCAUUCUUGAGAUUGAAUUGAUUAUUUGGUGUGUUUGUGUUGUCAUAUAAAUAUUCUGGAUCAGAUUGAAUUCUACUGAAUUCCAAAAAGGUAUUCUUGAAUUGUGUGAACGAAGAAGAUAACAGAUAUUGUGAACAGUAUUUCUGUUUGAGGCCUCUGUGAUUAGGUUUGGAUAGGUGGCCCAGUUGUCUGAAAACCGUUAUUAGGAUUAUGGGUUUGAAUCCUGAUUACAUUUGUGGUAUGUCAACACCAUACCUGUGCUAAAAGGGUUCAAGACUUCUGCCAACAAGCUGAAAUACUGUUAAAGGGCAAUUAAACACAGCUAAUUCUCUCCUGAUUGGUCGUAUCUGAACGCCUCUCAUACCAGGAGGUAGCGGUGUCUAUUGCUCAACGUUCGACCUGGUACGGAUAUUUUAACAAUAAAGUUUGCAUCUAUUGAUGCAUGGUCAGACAAAACAAGCUUGAUCAGAUUACAUAGAUUGCUUAUUCAUGUUUUGUUUCUUAUAGGGGAAAUCGUUGGAAAUCAUUUAAUUUUAUGACAAAAAGUGCUUUUUAAGUUUUGUUUUAAAAAGGGAAUCUUUUGAUUUUAGUGGAAUUAGUGAGAAUAUUGUUAAAACAUUUGAGGUGUAAGAUGAUCUCAUAAAGAAGAUGUGUUUGUUGUGUGGGAGUCAUUAUAUGGACAUUUUGUAUUUUUCAAGAAAUAUUUCUCGUGCCUCUUUCUCAGGAUUAUGUUCACAGAGAUCAUGGAUGGAAUCCCAGAUUACAAACCUUGUUUUGUCAGAAGAUACCUGAGUUCUUGAGUUCUCCAAAA